UUACUCUCUACAAAUGUUCGCUUGACAGAUUCAGUCUCAUACGAGCACUCAUAAUACUCGACGUUCCAUUAAUACUCCUGCUUGGAUCGAGUGCGUAAUAAUCAAUUUCUUCGACUUUGACGCACGUUUAUACGCAUAUUUUUCGUUCGUUUCCGAAAUAUUAAUUUUGUGUGAUAUCUUUAAAAAUACGGUGCAUAUAUCGAGAUUCAUUAAUUUGAAGUGUGGAUAAACAAUUGUAUAUGUAUACAUACUGUUCGCAAGAGUAAAUAUAAUUGAAUAAUUCGUCUGUAAGGAUUUGAAAAAAUGCGAAAUGGUAGUAAUUUGAAUCAGUUCAACGACGAUGAUUCUUUUAGUGAUGGACCGUGUCCAUCAUGUAGAUUGGCCAUCAACAAGGAAACUGGGAGACUCAAAUGGUGUACUGGCAGAAGUGAAGCAUGGCGCUUUCGUAUUAAACUAAUGCUCCUGAUACCCGCUGUAUUGUUGCCGAUUACUAUAGUGUGCAUCGCUCUGUCGCGUUUUCAAGGUACAGCUAAAGUCUCCAAGCCGCAAACAUUUCCCAUCUAUCGAAUGCAGGAACAGGACAAACAAAAAAUCGAAGAUGACAUUUCUUGGUCUACUAGUCGCAAUGACAUAGAGCACGGGACCGAAGAAACCGAAGACGAGGAUCGGAUUCUACUUCCUGAUAUGAAAACGAGUUACGUGCCUAUAGAUAUGCAUCCUCCGCUUCGAUCCUCCCAGCGACGCAAGAGAGACAUCGAUGGGGAGAAUCAUACGAGAGCAGAUGGCAUCGAAUCGGACGUUCAAGUGAUGUCUUCGUUACGUGCACAUUUAUUUAAUGGCAAAUUGACAGAUUCCUUUUUGAGGGGAAAAUUAGAUAGGAACAAUGAUACGGCGGAACAAUCUCUUUCAGGCAAUAUGAAUUAUAUCGAAGAAAGAAAGGUGAGAAGGAAUGAAGACACGAUCGGAACAAAUAACACACAGAAUGUUGAUGGAGAGCUAGAUAAUUUCUUAAUAAGCGAUUAUUAUCCAGAAGUAGAAAUUGAUGAUACGUAUGAAAGUAGUGGAACAAAUCACCAUCACUAUUCCGAAAGGAAUGAUGAGGCAAUACCAUAUUAUAAUAAAUAUGAUAAUAUUGAACAACAAUUGAAAGAGGAGUCGGUUUUGAGAAAGGAAGAUGGAUAUUCAAUUUUUACCAAUGACACCGAAACAUUGCUAUCGUUGAUUGAUGCUAUCGAGGAUGAUAAAAUGCUUGAUUUUCAUACAUUCUGGAAAAGCGAAGAAACUGCUAAAAGUAUUAGAGAAGCUCGAGCACAAACAAUGCUGAAAUAUAUGGAUAAGAGUGUAGACCCAUGUGAAGAUUUCUAUCAAUAUGCUUGUGGUAAUUGGGCGAAACGCAAUCCUAUUCCGAAGGACAAAGCUGGUUAUGAUACCUUCGAGAUGUUGAGAGAAUCUUUAGAUUUUGUACUCAAAGAAUUGUUAGAGGAUCCGAUAUUGCAUAAUGCUGAUGAAUUAGAUGUCGAUGAUGCAACGGUAAAGGCGAAAUAUUUGUUUCAAAGCUGCAUGAACUACGAGAUUUUGGAGCAACGUAUGGAAAGACCUCUUAUCCAAUUUCUGGACGAACUCGGCGGUUGGCCGAUUCUAAGACCAGACUGGGACUCCGACAAAUUUGACUGGCUUCUCUUGACCGCGCAACUUCGAUUGUACAAUAAUGACGUAUUAAUUUCAGAAUGGGUCGGUCCAGAUAUUAAAAACAGCGAUAAAUAUGUGAUACAGUUUGAUCAAACGUCACUUGGUCUUCCUACGAGGGACUAUUUCCUUCAACCGUCCAAUGCGGUUUAUCUAGAAGCUUAUAAAGAUUAUUUAAUAAAGAUUGCCAAUUUGCUCGGUGCUUCUUUAGAUAAUGCGACUAUACAUGCUGAAGAAUUAAUUGAAUUUGAAACGCAGCUUGCAGCAAUUACAUCGUCACCUGACGAAAGACGAAAUUUUUCGGAACUUUAUCAACGAAUGAGUGUAGGCGAAUUGAGGACACUCGUGCCGCAAAUUGAUUGGCGUCGUUAUUUAUCGAUUGUCUUAACUCGACCAGUAAAUUUUACUGAGCCAGUCGUCGUCUUUGCAUUGCAAUACAUUCAAAAUUUAGUUACGUUACUUUCAAAAACACAACCUAGAACAGUGGCGAAUUAUCUUUUAUGGAGGUUUGUACGGCACAGAGUGAAUAAUCUGGACGAUCGUUUCCAGGAGGUUAAACAAAAAUUUUACUACAUUUUGUUCGGUAGAGAACAAGCACCAUUAAGAUGGAAAAACUGUAUAACCCAAGUUAAUUCCAACAUGGGUAUGGCGGUUGGUUCAAUGUUCGUAAAAAAAUAUUUUGACGAAAACAGUAAAAACGAUACAUUGUCGAUGACUCGAGAAAUACAGCGAUCAUUUAGAGAACUACUUAAUAAGAUUAAUUGGAUCGAUGAUGAUACGAAGCGUUUGGCGACUGAAAAAGUAAACGCUAUGUCACUAAAAAUCGGUUAUCCGGAUUUUAUCCUACAGCCACAUCUAUUGAAUGAGCGUUACAAGGAUGUUGCAAUACAACCAGAUAAAUAUUUUGAAAACACUCUACAUAUCUUGCGACACCUAACUCGAGUUGAACAAGAUCGUCUUGGUAACACUGUCAAUAAAACUUUGUGGAAUACUGCUCCAGCGAUCGUGAACGCUUAUUAUAGUCGCAACAAGAAUCAGAUAAUGUUUCCGGCCGGCAUUCUGCAGCCUCCUUUUUAUCAUAGAUUUUUCCCACGAAGUUUAAAUUAUGGCGGAAUUGGCGUCGUAAUUGGACAUGAGAUUACUCAUGGAUUUGAUGAUAAAGGUAGAUUGUUCGAUAAAGAUGGGAAUCUUCAUAGAUGGUGGAAAGAUGAAGCAAUCGAUGGUUUUCAUCGAAGAGCACAAUGUCUUAUCGAUCAAUAUGCACAUUAUACCGUAACAGAAGUUGAAAUGCAAAUAGACGGCAUUAAUACGCAAGGAGAAAAUAUUGCCGAUAAUGGCGGUAUUAAGCAAGCGUUUCGAGCAUAUGAGAGAUGGUUACGUUUAAAUAAUGAGGCGGACGAGACAUUACCCGGAAUGAGUGCGACAGGUAAACAAUUAUUCUUUUUGAAUUUUGCUCAAGUUUGGUGCGGUUCAAUGCGUCCUGAGGCAACUAGAAAUAAACUAAAAACAGCUGUACAUUCACCUGGUAAAUUUCGAGUAAUCGGCACGCUCUGCAAUUCCAAGGACUUUGCUCAAGUCUUUAACUGUCCUCUUGGUUCUCCAAUGAAUCCUGUCAGCAAAUGCUCGGUAUGGUAAAACGUAAUGAGAUACAAUUUGCGUGUUGAUUUACACCGAUGACAUAAUUCGCACUACACAGUUCAUAUACGUAAUAAAAUGCAGUUCAUAUAAACAGAAUUUUAGUUCACCUAAAAAAAUUUCUAGUAAUUUUCAAAAUGUAAUAAAUAAAAUAGAUAAAAUAAAUAAAAUAGAAAAAGAAUAUUGAUUUAAUGCGUUUAAUGUAUCUUAUACAUAUAUUCUAAAAUAUAUAUGUAGCUGAGAAGACUAUAUACACAUAAACUUUAUUAAAAUAAGUUUAUAUGAAAGAGAAUAAAAAUGUAUCAUUUUUGUACAAAUAUUGAAUAAAGUAAAUUACAAUGAA